AAUUACAGUAAAGAUGAAGUUCAUGAAACAGGAAGUCGAAAACCUCAGUUAUUUAAGGGAGAGCCAAAGAAGCCUCCACAGAGUGGAUACAGCUUAUUUACAACAGAAAUGCUAGGUGCUGUUACUGAUGUUGAUGCUAAGAAUAGAAUGGCUGUGACAGCACAGAAAUGGAAUGCUUUAUCUCAGAGUGAGAAAGAUAAAUAUCGAAAGAAAAGUCAAGAAAUGAUGAAAAAAUAUAAUAAAGAUAUUGAGAAGUUUAUAGCUGGUUUAUCAGAAGCUGAACGAGAGGAAUAUUAUAGACUUAAAAGUAGAACGAAGGGUUCUAGGUCUGCUGCAAAAGCUGCAAAAGAUCAAGCAGCUACAAAACAAGGACAAACCAAGCCAAAUAAGAAAGAAACCGAGUCUGAAAGUUCAGAUGAUUCAUCUGGUGACGACGAUGACGAAGAAGAAGGCUCAGAAAAAUCUGGAGAGGAUGAAGAAUCCGGUUCAGGAUCAGAUGAUUCUGGAAGUGAUUCAGAUGAUGACGAUGAUGAUAAUGAGGAUUCAGAUGAAGAGAAGAAGGAAGGUGAAGAAAGUAGUUCUGGUGACUCUGACAGUGAUAGUGACAGUGAAAGUAGUAGUGAUAAUAGCAGUGAAUCUGGUUCAGAAAGUGAAAACUGAACUAGAAUUGAAGCUGUAUUUAAAAAUGGCAUGCUCACUCCACUGAAGAAUUGGUAAAAAUUU